AUGGUAGACUGGGAAGAAUUGUGGGAAAAUCUCGUAUCUAAAGCUUUACCUAGUGUGACUUCAGACCAUUGCCCUAUUCCUUUAGGACAAGAGGCACUUUUUGGUGGUCCUUCCCCUUUUCGGUUCAAGAACAUGUGGUUAAAAGAUCCCUCUUUUAAGUUAAGAGUAAAAGAUUGGUGGGAAGAGGGAAGACCAAGAAACAGAAAAAAGGGGGUUAGAUUUAUGAGGACUUUGAAAGCUCUGAAGGGGAAAACUAAAGAUUGGAAUAAGGAUCACUUUGGAAGAAUUGAAGAGGGUCAAGAAAGAAUUUCUUCUAGAAUUGAGGAGCUAGACAUAAAGGAAGCACAAAGAAACUUUAGUGAGGAGGAAAGAGAAGAGCGAUGGAAGCUAAAGGUGGAGCUAGAAGAGAUUUUAAGGAAUGAAGAAAUUUCUUGGAGACAAAAGUCUAGAUGUAAGUGGCUUCAAGGAGACAAAAACACAAGAUUUUUUCACUCUCUAGCAAGUGGGAAGAGAAGCAAAAACCUCAUAACAACUGUGGUAGUGGAUGGGAUUGAGGUCAGGAGGGAGGAGGAGAUAGUCAAGGUCUUUCUUGAUCACUUUAAGGGCAUAUUCUCCAGAAUGGAAGGGAAUAGGCAAGACCUCCCUGAAUUGGAGUGGAUAGGGUGA